AUGUCUGAAUAUGAAGCAUGCCAGCAUGCUUUAACCUCUGCAUCUUACAGUCAAGUCGAAUUAGCUAGGUUAAAAGGUCUCGGAAGGUGUGGAUAUUGCAAUUUUCACGGAAGAAAUUUAUGGUUGUGUUUAGAAAAAGAUUGCGGUAGAGUUUUAUGUGGAGAUGCAGAAUCAGAUCAUUCUACUUUCCACUUUAAAACCAACAAAACUCAUUACAUUCAUCAAAAUCUAUCUUCGUUAAGACUAUGGUGUUAUCUAUGCAAAACGGAAGCAUUUUUAGGUUCUCAGACACCGAAUGCGGUUAGAACAUGGUCGGAAGACUACAGUGAUUCCGAAACGAAGGAAACUUUUGUAAAUGAUAAAAAACCUAAAGGUCUUCAAAAUAUAGGUAAUACUUGCUAUAUGAAUGCUGCUUUACAAGCUCUGUGCAAUACAACUCCUUUAAGCCAAUAUUUUUUACAAUGUCUUGUGCUUGCCUCGAAUCAAGAAAAGUUGACAUUAAGUAAAAAUUUUCAAAGGUUAAACAAAGAAAUGUGGCAGCGUAACAGUCCAGGUUGCAUAGUUCCCAGUGGGAUUUUGUAUGGAAUUAGAAAUAUUCAUCCAAUGUUUAGGGGGUACCAACAGCAUGACACUCAAGAGUUCCUUAGAUGUUUUAUGGAUCAACUGCAUGAAGAAUUAAAAGAACCGAUAAGAGACUCAAAUAAUUACAGGGUAACUUCAGCAAAUCUUCCGAAUGAGGUGGUGACGGAUUAUUCCGACGACGAGGAAGGAAAUAAAGGAGACGAUGCCAAGCAGGAAAAUGUAACGGAAGGAGGUGCCUCAAGCGGUAGUCAAUCCGAAGCAGAGUAUGAAACAUGCGAUUCUGGAGUCAGCGAAAGAAGUUCAUUAAGCGAUGAAGGAGAACGGAAAUCCGUAAAGAGAAAACAUUCUCAUAGUUCAUCUCCUCCAUCAAGGUGUAGACUCUCAUCUAGAUUAUAUUCUAGUUAUAGACAAACGUCGCAACAAAACUCACCAGUGAAAUCAAAGAAAAAACCCGUGAAAUACAGGAGCAUCAUUUCUGAUUUAUUUGACGGAAAACUUUUGAGUUCUGUGCAAUGCUUAACUUGUAAUAAGAUAUCUACCAGAGUUGAAACAUUCCAGGAUUUAUCUUUACCGAUACCCAGUCGAGAUCACGUGACUAUGCUUCAUCAAGGUAGCAUUUCUCCUCAAUCAAUGACUACAUGCAGUGAAACAUACAAAGGAAAACCAAGUUGGGUUUCUUGGUUAUGGGAGUGGAUGAAAAGUUGGUUUUGGGGUCCGACCGUAUCACUCCACGAUUGUUUAGCUGCUUUCUUUAGUGCAGACGAAUUAAAAGGUGAUAAUAUGUAUAGUUGUGAAAAAUGCAGCAAAUUAAGGAACGGAGUCAAAUAUUCUAAAGUUUUGGAUCUUCCGGAAGUCUUGUGCAUUCACUUGAAGAGAUUUAGACACGAAUUAGCUUUUUCAUCGAAAAUAAAUAGUUUUGUCAAUUUUCCUUUAACAGGGUUAAACAUGCGACCUUAUUUACACAAAGAUUGUAAAAGUGAAGUGACAUCAUACGAUUUGACGUCCGUGAUAUGUCAUCACGGAACGGCAAACGGUGGGCAUUAUACUUGCUAUGCUUUAAGUCCUUUCACGGGAGAAUGGUAUGAACUCGAUGACCAAUGCGUUACUCAAGUAGCCCCCGAAACAGUUAGCAACGUAGAGUGCUACGUAUUAUUUUACAAGAAAAGCAACGAAAAAAUGGAGAAAAUUCGUAAUAAAGUUAGAGAACUUAUAUCUUACAAAAAUAAAGAACCUAGUCUGAUGGAAUUUUACGUUUCAAAACAAUGGAUAAACAAAUUAAAUACUUUUGCCGAACCCGGACCCAUAGACAAUUCUGAUUUUCUCUGCGUUCACGGAGGCGUUCACCCAUCAAAAGUUCCUAUCGUGGAUAAGCUGUCGACCGUGUUGAGUCAAAACGUUUGGGAGUACUUAUAUGCAAUAUUUGGUGGUGGGCCUGUUUGUAAUAGGUUAUACAUAUGCGGUGCCUGUCAACAAAAACAAGAAGCACUCAGACAAAGAAAGCAAUAUGAAUUGUGUCGCUACUUGGCUUUACAUCAUGAAUUCCAGCAAGGAGAAUCUACGCCUGUUAUUUAUGGCCUUUCCAUGCAGUGGUUCGGACAGUGGCAAGCUUUUGUACAAAAUACGUCUGCGGAACCCCCGGGUCCCAUCGACAACUCUCCAAUUAUUACCAACGUCAACGGUCAAAAAACUCUUAAAAGAGAUGCCAACUACGGUCAAGUUUCUCAAGAAUUGUGGAAUUUUUUCAAAAGUGUUUACGGCGGAGGACCCGAGCUGGUUAUCAAACAGUCGCAAAGAGUCACGAGCAGAAAUUCGUUCAGUAGCGGCAUAUCAACGGAUAGAGAACUUGGACUAAUACAACCGGGCAAAGCGAAAAGCGUCGAUUCUCUACCCAUAAAUAGUAAUCAUUCGAAUUCUUUAUAUUCUUUGUACAACACGAGGUCGUCUAGAGCUCAAAGUGCCAGCAGCGAUAAUAUCGCUCUGAAAAUGGCUGCCGUCAACGCCGCAAUAUCUCAUAGGAAACAACAAAGUUUGGGGAGUUUGAAAAUCGAGAGAAAUGCACACACCGACGACGAAAUAUUAGGUAUAAGUGAAAACCAAAGGACGGAAAAUAAGGAGGAGGGAGAGGAAAUAAAUUUUCAAGACAAUUAUUCCCCACUGGAGGGUGACAGUGAUGAAUUAGAUGAAUAUUCAUAUUGUCCGGCAUUUACUCCCGAUGAAUUGGAUGCUUACAUUCCAUUCAGAAAGUUUAAUAAUUAA